CUUUGAUUGUUCCAAUCUCUUUUGCUCUCAAAAUAGACUGAUAAACGACUGGAUAUCGAAUCACAUCCAGCAUGCCCAUAAUUAAUCUAACAAUAACCUAACAGCAUCAUCCUGUCGAUGCAGCAAGACCGCCUGUUCGUCCCCAGCUUCAAUAGUUCGGCGGAUCUGCCGAUCCUCCUCUGUUGGGUAUGCAGCCUGCAUGUUGGCAGCCACAAGCAUGAUGAUUUGGUUAUUCCUCUCUGGCCAGGAUCCAAUCCAUGAUCCAUCGUGCCACUGCAGGCAAUCCCUCGAGCUGGCCUCGGGUGGAGUCGCAGAGCUGAAUCCGUGUCUGCGGCCAGGCGGAGGAUUUAGACGUGAUGCUCUCCGCGGUCGACGUGUUUUCUUUCCUCUCCUUCAUCUUCUUCAUCUUCACCACUGUCAGCCAUGAUGGUGACUGCUUCCUCCCAGCCAAUAUGGGGCUACCGAUGGCGGUCUUCGCCGGUUUUUAUCGUUUCGGCCAUGGCCAUGGCUUUGUUUACUGAUACCUUUCUCUACACCUUCCUCGUCCCUAUCCUUCCCUACGUUCUCGAAUCUCGAAUUGGUUUAGACGUCUCUCUCACCCAAAAGUUGAGUUUCGCUUUACUCUCCGAAAGCGCCGGUAUCUCGGUCCUCCUCAGCACCCCGGUCGGACAUCUUGCGGAUAAGUUGGGCUCCAAACGAGGCUUGUUAUUAUGGGCGCUGGUCAUUGCGCUGGGCAGUACGCUCUGUAUUGCGCUUUCGAUGUCUACCUUUGCGCUUUUCGCCGGUCGCUUGGUCCAGGCGGUCGCUAGUACGAUUAUCUGGGUGGUGGGCUUUUCGACCAUCGCGGACAAUGUGCAGCAGGAGCACAUGGGCAAGACGUACGGGGCUAUCUCGGUCGCGGUGUCCGCAGGGACGUCGGCUGGACCCAUGGUUUCUGGGAUUCUGUUCCAGGUGGGCGGAUACUGGUUGGCUUGGUCGAGCGCUUUUCUCAUCCUGCUUAUCGAUAUCGUGCUUCGGUUAUUGAUGCUGGAGAGGCCUCGUGAGAAGAACGAGAGUGGACAGAACUCCGACUCCGAGGAGGACCCUCUCCUCCCCCAGACCGGACUGGCAGAGGAAAAGACCGGCUGGAGUUUUUACGCCUGUCUCUUCAGCCAGCGCCGUUUCCUCGGUGGUGCACUGUGCUAUGUCAUGUUUGCGAUCUUAGUUUCUAGCUUCGACGCCACGCUCCCUUUACACGUCCGUGAUGCCUUCAACUGGGGCAGCAUGCCGGCCGGGUUGAUGUUUGUUGCACUGCAGGCCCCAGGCAUGGUCCUGGCGCCGUUUAUCGGGUGGUUGAAGGAUCGUGUUGGAACACGCGACCCUACCACGCUGGGCUUUGCAACUCUUGCCCCGUUGGUCUGGCUAGGGGGUAUCCCCGGGGAUGACCGAUUCCCCUGGGCCAACGAAGGAGAUCGAGGACGGGUGAUUUAUGCGAUCGCCAUGACGGGGAUUGGCAUAAUGAUGGUAUUCUUGAAUGGUGCGGGGACGAUGGAGGCUACUCUGACUGUUGGCGAUCUGGAGGCGAAACACCCUGGCAUUUUCGGCCCCAAUGGCGGCUACUCGCGAGCGCUGUCGAUAUCCAGCAUGGGAUGGACACUGGGAACAUUUUUCGGACCCAUUAUCGCCGGGAUGCUAGUGGACCAGGUUGGAUAUUACGAGAUGAGCAGCGUGUUGGCGGGGAUGUGUGCCUUGUUUGCCGUGGUGUCGUUUACGUGUUUGACCUCAACCUGGAGGGUAAACCGUGGGCAGGAUGUUUUGGAUAGAUCAUAGAUUAUUCGCGUCGUGUAUAUACAUAUGGAGUAAUUAAU